AACUAACACUCCAUUGAUAAAUUUAUUCUUUGCUUCCACCUUUCAGAAAGGAAUAUAUUUUCUGAUAUAAAGAAUCUGAAAUCAAUAGAAUUUUACCACACCUCUUAAGCCAUUCCCUCCUUUUAUUCCAAUUAUAACUACUUUUGUUUUUUAUUGCGUCUGCGCCACCGCUUUUGUAUUACCAAAACGAAUUUAUUUAAAAGCUUGAAACCAACGCGAUGACGUUUCCUUUGCUCACGCUCUCACCCCAGCAACCGUUUUGGAAGUUUAGAACUCACCGAGUCAUUGCAAACACCACCGAAUCAACUCGGAAUCUCUGCAAAUCGACCCUAUAUUUGUUCCUCGCACUCGCCACUCCUUUCAUUGCGUAUCGCUGCUUUAACUCCUCUACAAUGUUUUGGUCUUCGUCUUCGUCAUCCUCCCAACCCGCUACCAAAAUCGAUGCCGAAUCUCUCCGCCGUCAACGAAUUAACUCUAGCAAGCUCUAUCAGCCUGAUGCUUCCUCCAAGGUUCCAGUUAUCUACUCUUCUUAUUACGAUAUCAGCUUCCUCGGAAUUGAGAAACUGCAUCCGUUCGAUUCUUCGAAAUGGGGUCGGAUAUGCCGGUUCUUGAUGUCGGAAGGUUACCUGGAAAAAAACUCUAUUGUUGAUCCAUUGGAAGCUUCAACGGAGGAUCUACUUGUGGUGCAUACAGAAGCAUACCUGAAUAGCCUGAAGAACAGCGUGAAUGUUGCCAGGAUAACUGAGGUUCCUCCUGUAGCAAUGUUACCCAAUUGGCUUGUUCAGAUGAAAGUUCUUUAUCCCUUCCGAAGGCAGGUUGGUGGAACUGUUCUGGCAGCUAAGUUAGCGAAGGACCAAGGAUGGGCUAUCAAUGUUGGGGGAGGGUUUCAUCAUUGCAGUGGUGAUAGGGGAGGUGGAUUUUGUGCAUACGCAGAUAUUUCCCUUUGCAUUCAUUUUGCUUUUGUUCGGUUAAAUAUAUCAAGGGUGAUGAUAAUUGAUUUAGAUGCACAUCAAGGAAAUGGUCAUGAAAGGGAUUUUGGUAAUGACGAGCGUGUGUACAUCCUGGAUAUGUACAAUCCUGGAAUCUACCCUUUUGAUAUGACUGCUAGAAAUUAUAUUAACCAGAAGGUUGAAGUGGUGACUGGGACUACAACUGAUGAAUACUUGAAGCAAUUGGAUAAAGCACUUGCGGUAGCGGGGAGUAAUUUUGCCCCUGAGUUGAUUGUGUACAAUGCUGGAACUGAUAUUCUCGAUGGAGAUCCACUGGGUGGAUUAAAGGUCAGUCCAGAUGGGGUGAUCCAAAGAGAUGAGAAGGUCUUCAGGUUUGCUCGUGAGAGAAACAUCCCUAUUGUAAUGGUCACAUCAGGUGGCUACAUGAAAACCAGUGCCAGAGUCAUAGCAAAUUCCAUAAUAAACCUCUCAAAGAAAGGCUUGAUAGAGACAAAUGUCCACAGCGGAAGAAAAAUAAUGAUAUAAGGCUACUUUGCUAUCAAUAAACAACUCCAUUACAAAGGAGCAUGGAUGUGUCUCGAGUUGUUAUUCGAUUAGUUUGCAAGGCAGUAUCUUAGGGAUUAGCUUGGCUUGGUCUUCCUUGUACACGAGGUAUGGCCUCUUGCCGUGUGUCUACCUUCUCUCUUAGGUUAUCGAAUAACUGAUAUAUAAGGAAACUUGUUUAAUGUACAAAUGUUUGUGUAAAUGCAAAUAUGCAAUAUACAGCUUAUUUCAGUUUCAACAA